AUGUUUCUCACCCCCCUACUCUUCUUCCGUCCUCUCCCUCCUUUCACUUCUUUUCUCUCUCUCUCUCUCUUCUUUCCUCUACCAUCUCUUUUAUUUCUUUCCCCUCUUUCUUCUUUACUCCUCUCUCCUACUUCUUUCCUCAUUCUUUCUUUUCUCGAACCUUUCUUUUUUUUAAACUUUCUCUUUCUUCCUUCUUCUCUGUCUCUCACAUAUCUUUUUUCUUCUCCUCUCUCCUUAUUAUCACUUCCCUUGUCACUCUCAUUUUCUUCUUUGAUCUUUUUUGCUUUCUCUUCAUUUUCACACUCUUUCUUAUAUCCACAUUUUUUCUUCCUUCCCUUCUUCUCUUUCUGUUUCAUUCUACAUUCCUCUCUCUCCUUUCUUCAUAUAUUCUCUCUUUUUAACUCUUUCUCCUCUCUUUCUUGUCCCUGCUUCCUCUUUCUAAAUUCCUGUCAAAAUGUUGCAACAUUUCUGCUAAAUGUUUACAGACAGAAAUAG